CUCUACAGCAACCAAAUUCCCACGGACUUGAAUGAAACUAGUAUUUGUUUUUGAGUUGUUAUCCAACCAAACUAAAACUGAACUGGAAGCAAGCUUGGGCUCGCCGAUUCACACCACGCUGGCAGGACAAACUAGGCCGGAGGCCCUGACUACGGCAGCGUGCAGACUUCAACUCUACCAAGGACUAAAACAUGGAACUCUCACUGCAGCAGUGUUUGGAUGGCCUCAUCAAGGUGUUCUACUCCUACUCUGGAAAGGAGGGAGACAAAUACACGAUGAGCAAAGCUGAGCUGAAGCUCCUGUUAGAGGAGCAAAUGGGUGAUUCCAUUGCUGCCAACAUAAAUUCCUCCAGUGUGGAUAAGUUCAUGCAUGAGCUGGAUCGUAACAGAGACACAGAAGUGGAUUUCAAAGAGUUUGUCUACAUGGUUACUAUACUCACUAUCGCCUGCCAUGAAUUCUUUCGUUGACAUGUUUAAGGACUGCCAGCAGUGACACCAUCCUUCAAUGAGUAACAUCUCAUCACAGCCAGUGAUCUCCUAAGUAAUCAUAAGUCAUGCUGGAUAUAAAUUUCUGGGUCCUCACUGACAACACCUUUUAGUGUUGUAAAUACGGAUCAUUGUUAACCAGUGUCACAAGUCUUCAUCUUAAUAAAGAUGUUCACUCUU